ACACGACGUAUAGCUAUUGGGAAUCUGAUCCGUCCGAUACCAGUGAAUUUUCUGACUCGCCAAUCUACAGCGAUCCCACGACCAUGUUCGACCUUCUUCGUCCUCUACGCACAGUUCGUUUUUCUUCCAAGCUGAACCGAUGGACACAAACUUCGAAUUGCGGGAAGGGUAUCAGGACACCAUUACCCUCAUCCAUCACCAUUAUCAGCUGGAAUGUUGAUUUCUCGAGUUACAAUCAUACAGAGCGGCUUUUAGCGGCAAUGGCUCAUAUUCAAUACGACGUCCUACACUGCAAAACGAUCAACGAUCGCCCAAAACCCUGCUGCAUUCUUCUGCAGGAGGUUAAUCGCGAAGUGUUCCCUGUCAUUCUUACACAUGAAUGGAUUCAGAGAUGCUUUAUCGUGACACCCACAUCUUAUGAUCAAUGGCCUUCCCAUUCCUCCUAUGGCAACGUCACCCUUGUCUCGAGGAGUAUACCAGUCAGCGGCUCAUGGUCAAUCGAUUUUAGCAACUCGACCAUGAGUCGUAAUGCUCUUAUCACAGACCUUAAGCUUAGCUUGCCAUCACACACCGCCAAUGUCGUAACGGUGAGGGUAGCAAACACUCAUCUCGAGUCUUUGCCCAUGGGGGCUAGAGCUAGGCCCGAGCAGUUGCAGCUCAUUGCAGACGCAUUACAAGAAGAGGGUAUUCAUGGAGGAGUGGUCUGUGGAGAUAUGAAUAACAUUGGGCCAUCCGAUUUGACGAUAACGGAUGAUGCCGGGCUGGCCGAUGCAUGGAUUGGAGAGGAAGAUGAUGAAGAUGGUUAUACCUGGGGUUAUCAGCCUCGUUGCGAAUAUCCGCCAGGAAGAUUGGACAAAAUUCUAUUCACGCCGUGUUCUGGUGUCAUAGUGGAGCAACCGGAGAAAGUGGGAGUGAACCAAAAAGUUGCACAGGGCGAAUGGGUCAGUGACCACUUUGGUCUCAUGACCACCGUUCGUGUCGUAUGAGAGAAACGUGGUCUCAGUCUCCAGGGGGUCUUGUUCGGAUGCCCUCCCGACUUUGACCCACAACACAGUUGAGUACGUUUGUUUGAUGACGUUGAGCACGUUGAGUACUCUUAUGAGCUUCUUGACUGCGCGUUCUCGGGCUUCUGGUGUUAUACAUAAUCGUUCUAGCGGAGUUAUGGCUAGUUAUGGUGCCUCGAAUCAAAUUAUGAUGUAUUUUUGAACCCCU